GUUGCUGUGGGGGGAAAGGGGGGUUGUGUGCCCGGCUGAACUCAUAAGUAAAUAAUUUUUAGUCCAGUAAUUUCACAAUAAUUUUAUAAUUUAGUGCUGAUUGUGACUUCAUUGUAGUGACCGCAUUUACCCGAAAUGGCUUAUACCGCGCUCAUGAGUAUGAAAAAGAAGAAAAACGUUAUAGUAAUAGCAAUUUGUAUGAUAUCGUGUUUCAUAAUGUAUCAGCUGUAUUUCUUCCUAACUUUAUCUUCGGAAACAAGGAAUAUCAACAGAAUUAUCCCGGUUAUCGACCACGACAGAAGGAAAGAAUUGCAUGUACGUUCUGAGGCAGAUCAGUUUAUUAACGAAAACGGAGUAAUACGUGGUGUUUACUAUAAACAAAUGCCUGCGUACCGGCCUGCUGGUGGAGAAUUCAAGUGUUUACAUUCUGAUAAGAAGAUUCCAUACGAGCAGGUGAACGACGAUUAUUGCGACUGUGACGAUUCCACAGACGAACCUAGUACCAGAGCUUGUCCGAAUGGGACUUUUUAUUGUGAAACACAGCAUCGUUUGAAACCAAUCAAUAUGAUCUCAACAAGUAAAGUGAAUGAUGGAAUUUGUGAUUGUUGUGACGGCUCUGAUGAAUGGUUACAUAAACCCAGUGACAAAAUAAAAGUCUUAUCACAAAGCCAUUCAAACCAUAGACAUUUUGUAACAGAAUGUGAAAAUGUUUGCUAAAAUAAAUACCAAAUUAAUUUGUUUAUUUAUGUUUUAGGGAUGUUGUUUUUUUUUAUAAAUAACUAACUAGGUUUGUAUAAAGACAUUCCAUUUUAAAGCAUGCUACUGAAUACUGUUUACUUAUCUAUUUUGUAUUAUAUGUAACACAGAACAAGUUUGAUUCCCAAAAGUUCAACUGGCAGAAAAUGCCUGAAGGUAUUAAGUCUACCUGUUGUACAUUUUACAUGCAUAAGGUUUAAAUAAAUAAAAUAUUGUUAACAUCAUGUAAAUAUGUCCAAGUUGCUCAUCAAUCUUUAUUAUCUCAGGUAUAAAAUGUGUUUUUCUAUUUAAAUGGAUAAAACACUAUAUAUUUCACUACUGAGAAUAAUAUGUAUAUACAAAACAGCCCAAAAAAGACAGAGAUGUUACAAACACUGACUUAUUGUUUAUCAUAAGUAUGCAAAUGUUUGAAUUUAGUAAAGUGGAAUACCCCACUGUUUAAGGCAAAUUUACUGUGUUAUUUUUGUCAAGACUGAUGGCAUCAAAACAAGUUCAAAUAUUGAAUAUACUAAGUUAAUAGCACUUUUUAUUUCAUAUUUCAAAUUAGAACCCCAAAGUAGGUACCUAAUUUACUACAAACACCUAAAAAUUAUUGAAUUGUUAGCCUAUGCGUACCCCUCUAGUAUUUUAUUUUAUUUAGGAUUUUAUGUAUAUACUACUCUGUCAAGAAAGUAGCAGGAAAAGAUCAAUAAUACACAAACUGUUUCUUAUU